AUGGGAGGGCUUGAAUCUAACUCAAAUAGCAACCUCUCCCUUUUCAUUGGCCCCGAAGAUGGCUCCCAAGAGCUGCGCAGGACGGGAGACCCUGCAGAUCACGGCCCUCGUUACAUCCCACCUUGGACAACGCCUUAUGUUAUAGGUGUUGGAGGAAGUUCCGGCUCCGGCAAAACGAGUGUAGCAGCAAAGAUCAUCUCAUCGAUAAAUACGCCCUGGACUGUUUUGAUAUCUCUAGACAAUUUCUAUAAACCCUUGACGCAAGAACAGCGGGAACAGGCGUUUCAGAACAACUUUGAUUUUGACGAGCCCGAUUCCAUCGACCUUGAUCUUGCAUAUGAGUGUAUCCGCAGUUUGAAGGAAGGCAAGAAAACGUCGAUCCCGCUUUACAGCUUCGUUCACCACAACAGAGUACCUGGAAAGAGCGUCACAAUUUAUGGUUCCAGUGUCAUUGUGGUCGAAGGAAUCUAUGCUCUUCAUGACAAGCGCUUGCUGGAUCUUAUGGAUUUGAAAGUCUUUGUUGAUGUCGACCUGGACGUUUGCCUUGCAAGAAGACUAUCUCGAGACAUCAUCUCCAGAGGACGAGAGCUGGACGGGUGCAUCCAGCAAUGGGAAAAGUUUGUGAAGCCCAAUGCUGAGAAAUAUGUGAACCCCAGUAUGAAAAAUGCUGACGUGAUAAUUCCCUCGAUGGGCAACAACGCUGUCGCAACUCAGACGGUUAUCAACCAUAUUAAAUCGAGACUACAGGUCAAAUCGCGAAAGCAUUUACAGGAAUUGAGAAACCUUGGGCAUACCAAAGAACUAAAGCCUUUAAGCGAGAUGGGGAACGUCCAUCAGCUUGAGCACACUAGCCAAGUGGUUGCACUAAAGACAAUAUUAUUGGACAAAUACACACCAAGAGACGAUUUCGUUUUCUACUUCGAUAGAAUUGCGUCUAUCUUAAUCUCGCGUGCCCUGGAUGAUAUGCCGUUGCACCCACAAAAGCAGAUCACAACCCCAACUGGAAUCAAAGUGACUGCUCCUUCAGUACACUUCGACAAAGUUGCCUCCAUUAAUAUUGUGCGCUCUGGCGACUGCUUUAUGAGGUCUUUGAAGAAAGCGGUUCCAGGGAUGGCCAUGGGCAAGCUUCUGAUCCAGUCUGAUUCAAAUACUGGUGAACCGCAGCUUCACUGCGAAUUCCUACCUCCCGGUCUUGAAAACUAUGAACAGGUCUUACUGGCCGAUGCCCAAAUUAUAUCUGGCGCAGCGGUUAUCAUGGCUAUUCAAGUCUUACUAGACCAUGGUGUUCCGCUUUCAAAGAUAAAGGUGUUGGUUUACCUGGCAACUGAGAUUGGCAUACGCCGUAUCGUCAAUGCAUUCAGUGGCUCAGUCACAAUUCAUGCUGGUGAGAUUGUGGCGACCGAAGCACUAGGGACGCAUCAUUGCAAGUGGGCGAGAAAAAGAUUCGUAGACUCUCAAUACUUCGGUUGCGACUAA